CGUCCACAAACCCUAAAACUCAUCUAAUGUGGCGAUAUCAUCUUACAAUCUGAUUCAGUCCCUAUCAAAAGCUUUUCCUUUCAUAUAUACUCCAUCUGCGAUCCACCUCUAUCUGCGAUUCAUCUCAUACCGAUUCAGAUAGUUGAUAGAUUUUGUGGUUUCUGUAGACUGUUUUAGGUAAAGGUCGAUGAUGAUUGGAUUGGUGUUGGCCGAGAACCCAGAUGAUGGCAGCCAGGGUUCUGCAUUAUUAGCAACAGCGAUGGUUGUUCUUUUGAAUUCGGCCAACGACUGUUAACCCUCAUUCAACUCCAGUAUGUGUUGCCUCUAAUCUGCUGGUAUCAUAAUUUUUAGGGUAGUCGGAACAACGAGAAGUGGCUGUGCAUAUCUCUAAUGAACAAGAAGAAGAGGAUGUGCUUCUCUACAGUCAAUAAGAAGAAGAGGUUGUGGUUCUCUUCAAUAUAGUUCAGCGGUAAGAGAAGUAAGAAGAGUAAGAGGCUGGCAUCUUCAACAUAUAAGAAGAGAAAGGCGAUUCCAUUUCACUCUUUCUUCUCAUUUCCAAAUCUCCUCAUCUUCUAUACAAACCAUGUCAUCCGGCAAGAAAUCUGUCGGUGAACCACCAUCUUUGUCACUCAGUUUCAUUGAUGAUUUGAAUCCGUCCAAAGAUAUGUGGAAUCUCAAGUGUCGAAUCAUCCGGAAUGGGUUCAGUCCUUUCGGAUGGACCUGAUCUUGCUCGAUGAGAAGGACCGUAAGAUUCAGGCAGGGAUUAAGGCUCCAUUGAUACCUGUGUUUAUCUCACAGCUUCAUGAGGACGAAGUUGUUAUUCUCUCCAGAUUUGGUGUUGGAGAAAACACCGAUGCCUACAAAGUUGUUAACCAUGGUUAUAAGAUUAACUUUACCGGUGUACGGUUGUUACACGUGCGAAUGGUUGGCAAGGUGUUGAUUACGGAUUUAAUUUUUGUUAAACAUUCAGACAUUCUUAAAGGAGAAGGAAAGAAUCUGCUCACUGUCGGUAUGUCUGUUUCUGAUAGUCUGAUAUAUAUUUUGCCUCCCUUUCGAAUCCGAUUACUGUUGAUAUGUUUACCAUUUUAGAUGUUACUGGAAUUGUUGUCUGGUGUGGAGAUAUGGAAAUCUUUCCUAACGAAAGAAAAAAGAUGAACUUGGAUCUUCAAGAGUUCCAGGGAGAAGUAGUCCGUUGUACUUUGUGGAAUGGUAUGCACAAGAAUUUAAUGAUUUUUUGUCUCAAAACUCUCCGAAUGAGACUGUGAUGGCUGUCAUUCAGCAUGCGAUGAUUAAGAAGUGGACAAUAUACUAUUUAGAAUGAUAAGUUUGGAUGUCGUCUAUUUCUCAACCAAGAAAUUGACGAGGUUAAUGAACUUCGUAGGAGUCUUUUACUGAAACAAUUUGAAGCUGGUGCUUCUUCUUCUCAAACCAUACUUUCAUCUCAGAGUGUAUUUCCAGUCCGUCAAGAAUUUCUAAUUGAGACUCCUAAGAGACAUGUUGAUGAAAUUAUUGAGAUUGAAAGCGUAAUGUCAUGUGUGGUAGUUGCAACGAUCAAAAUUGUUCAACAAAACUAUGGCUGGUUUUAUCCGGCAUGUCGAGACUGUAACAAGAAGGUGUUGACCAAAACUGAGUACUUACAAUAUGCUAAAACCAUUUCUGAUGAGGUCAUGAAUCUGUCACCUACUUCAUUGGUUUAUCCGAAAUGCUAUAAAAAAUGCACAUCGAAAACCAUAAAGUUCAAAGUACAUUUGAGAGUGCAAGAUGAAACUGGCAGCGUUUCUUUUGUGAUGUUUGAUAAAGAUGUAAUGAAGCUUAUUGGUUCAACUGCGAAUGAUAUAAGGGAACGCCAAGUGAAGGUCAAUGAUCCUGAAACUUUUCCCCAUGAAAUAUCUCGGUUGGUCGAAAAGAAGUCGGCGUUUAAAAUUGAAGUUUCUGAUUACAACCUUAACCAUGACUACCACGUCUACACUAUCCAAAAAGUAUGUGAUGAUCCGGACAUAAUCGCUGAAUUGGUUGCUGGUAAUGUAAAUGCUCUUGAGGUUGCUGAUGAGGUGUUUAGUCAAGAAGGUUCAGAAUUCAAAGCUGUUCAAUUAUCUGAAUCCUCACAGAUGGCCGGUACUGCUAUUUCAAAGGAUGUUGUAUCUGUUACGGCCGACUCUUCCGUUGUCGAAGCCGAGAAGGAUUCGGACACCAGUCCUAAUGGUAAACGUUCGUUGUAGGACGUGGAAGGUCAAAAUGUUGGGGAACUAUCUUCUAACAAUAAAAGGAACCGGAAGAAGCCAUCUGGGCUUAACACUUAGCUCCUUUCACGUCCUUAUAUUUUGAUGUUUAAGCAAACCUAUGUUUUUGGUAUGUACUUAAGUAUGUGGUUGUUUGAAGUUGGGUUGUCGUUGGUAAGUGUUAAACUACUGAAACAGUUGUUUUGUAUGUUUUAGAUGUUGGUAAUUUAUGAACUUGGAAGAUGUGGUAAACCGUUAUGUGGUUUACUUUUUGGUAUUAUAA